AUGGCGGCAAAUUUGAUUUUGACGCUUAUACUGCUUUUACAGAUACAAUUUGAGACGUUGAACGCUCAGUGCGUUAGUGCGUUAGGUCUCACAGCUCAUCUUGACUACUCCGGACAAAUUAAAUCGCCGAACUACCCUAAUAACUAUGAUGAUCGCACCAAUUGUCAAUGGCUUAUAACUGCUACCACUGGCGUAGUUGUCCUCAGCAUCCAGGACAUGCAUUUAGAGAGUGGAUAUGACUUUGUUUACUUUUACGAAGUACAUGACUGGCCUACUUCAACCUGUGCAAGCACUAUCAAUAUCAGCACCAACGACAUACAACAAUUGAAGCUACCAAACGCUCCUGCCUCUACAAAUCCAAUGAUAACUAACUGUGAUGUGACGUUCUCUGUAUCCUCCAGUAAUUUAAAUGUAACCUUAAUUUGGAGUGACUUAACAUUUACUUCGAACAAUCUAAAUGUGACGUCCACUCAACACUGUUACAACCAAUAUGGACUUUCUGUAUGGGACGGCACUGGUUCAACGUUAUUGUACUGGCUAUGUAAUGCCAACCAGAGCCCUGACGACACCAUAGUGAUCUAUCCCACACAAACGUCGGUAACGUUCCGGUACAACUCUCCUAGUGACACCAGGGGCCCGGUCAUCAGUAUACAAGCGUAUGCAGGAACAGCAGCGACGGAAACAGUGCCAGUUCUGACAACGCAGUCUAUAGUGUCAUCUUGUGGGAGUUCGUCCUUAGUUGCAGAGUCACAUCAGAAAUUUCUAACGUCUCCUAACUACCCUUCUUACUAUAGCAAUGAUUUGGCGUGUACUUGGAUGAUCGCAUCUGUGGACACUAGUAAAGUGAUUACUUUAACUAUAAUCAGCCUAUAUACAGAGGCGGUCUAUGACUACCUCUAUGUGUACGACGGCCCCAGCACGGGUUAUCCUGUCAUUGGUAGCAGAUACAGCGGAAGCUACCUGAACACCGUAUUGCUUGUGUUGUCUCUGAUUACCUAUUUCAGUGGAUAUUCAAAAUACUGGCUGAUUACAAAGCCGGAAGUCUCGGAUACCUUAACAUUUUACUUCGCCGCAUUUCGACUCGAGUCUUGUUCCUAUGACACACUUAAGGUCUACAAAGGUGCUUGUGAUUAUGAUACACAUCUACACACCUUUUGUGGUGAGAUUGAUUUAAGUGAAUCUUACUCUGUCAGUCUCAGUAGAUAUGUGCUCUUCUACAUGAACACAGACAGCUCUGUACGGUAUACAGGAUUUGAUUUGAGAUACAGGAUAGGAGACACAACAGAACAUGAGUACGAAGAUGAGAAUAACAUUCCUAUUGUUACUAUUGUCGUACCAGUAGUUGUCGUCUCUGCUAUAAUAAUAGCAGUCAUUUGCAAAGUAGUAUCGCUUCGUGCAAAAACAACGAAAUCUACAGCUAAGGUCAGUCCACCAAGUAUCACUAAUUACAAACUGACGGCUACAACCAAAGUCAAGAUACCAAAACAAAAACCAAUAAGGAAAAAAGCAACGGUCAAAACUCCAGCAGCUGAUCCUUCACCUCCAGUACCACCACAACCUACAACAAUACAACAACCAGUAGCUCCAUCAGCGCCUCACAUUUUCCAGGAUCCAGCUUACCCUCCUUUACCUCAGAACUUCGGAGGAUCAGUCCCACCAAUACAACAGACGUACUACAAUACCAAUCCUAAUUCCAAUCCUACUCCAUUGAACAAUAAUGUGCCAGAUCCGUUUGUAUACACGCCACCUUACUAG